CCUCUCCACUUUCAUAAAACGGUUGUGUGAUACUUGUAUCAUCGGAUCAGGAGUACUUUCGCUGCUUAUAUUGCCACGAAUGUACUUUUUGUUUAUUAAUCAUUCCACUACAUUAUAGCUAAAUUAUAUAUUUUUAUAGCUUAUAUUUUACAUUCAUUGUAAUUUAAUGUGUACAGAUGGUGAAAUGUUUAAUUCAACUAUGGCAGUUGUACACACACGCCGAAAUCGAUAACGAUCAAUUAUAAUUUUUCUGAUUAUUAUAAUUUGUCAUAAAAAGUCAAAAAUGGCAAAUAGAAAAUCUUCAGUUAAUUCGAAAAACACAGAUGAUCACAGUGUUGAGACUCUAGCAGAGGUUUUCCGAUGUUUUAUUUGCAUGGAAAAAUUACGAGAUGCACAUCUUUGUCCUCAUUGUAGUAAAUUAUGCUGUUAUACAUGUAUAAGACGUUGGCUGACGGAACAACGCUCACAAUGUCCUCAUUGUCGAGCCUCUCUUCAUUUACAUGAGCUUGUAAAUUGUCGAUGGGUUGAAGAAGUCACUCAACAACUUGACACUUUACAAGCUGUUGCUAUAUCUAAUUCACGUUAUGAUGAUUCUAAUCGGGAUAGAUGUACAAUACAUCAGGAAAAAUUAUCUGUUUUCUGUUGGACAUGUCGUCGAUGUAUCUGUCACCAAUGUGCAUUAUGGGGUGGAACACAUUCAGGACAUACAUUCAAACCUUUAGAAGAAGUUUAUGAACAACAUGUAAAUCAAAUCAAACUUGAAAUAGGGCAAUUGAAGAGGAGACUUGUGGAAUUAAUCAGCAUUGUUCAAGAAGUAGAAAAAAAUGUUGAGUCAGUGAGAGCUGCAAAAGAUGAAAGAGUGAGAGAAAUUAGAAAUGCAGUAGAACUAAUGAUUGUCCGUUUAGAUUCUCAAUUAAAAGCAAAAUUAUUAACUUUAAUGGGUCAAAAAAAUUCUUUAACUUUGGAAACAGAACAAUUAGAAAUACUGUUACAAGAAGUAGAGCAUCAGUUGCAUACAUAUACUCGAUCAGAACUUAUAGCCAAGAGUGUUGAUUUGUCUCGAAUGAUUUAUCAAGUUCGGAAAAAACCAAUGACAAGUUUUGUUACUGCUCCUGUUCCUGCAGAUUUUCACAGUGAAAUAGUACCAGGAUAUGAUAGUGCCACAUUUGCAAUGCAAAAUUUUACACAAUUGCAAUUAAAAGCAGAUCCAGUAUAUUCUGCACCCUUGCAUGUUAAUGGUCUAUGUUGGAGGUUGAAAGUAUAUCCUGAUGGCAAUGGAGUUGUACGUGGAAACUAUUUAUCUGUAUUUUUAGAACUUAGUGCUGGAUUACCUGAGACAUCAAAAUAUGAAUAUAGAGUUGAAAUGAUACAUCAAGGUUCGCAUGAUACAAGUAAAAAUAUUGUUAGAGAAUUUGCUUCAGAUUUUGAAAUUGGCGAGUGCUGGGGCUAUAACAGAUUCUUUAGAUUAGAUUUAUUGGCAACAGAAGGUUAUUUAAAUACAGAAGUGGAUACGCUUAUACUACGAUUUCAGGUUCGACCGCCGACUUUUUACCAACGGUGUAGAGAUCAACAAUGGUAUAUCAGUCAGUUGGUAACAGUUCAAAAUCAAUAUAAGACUCAAAUCAAUGAACUGAAAGAGAGACUGGCUAUGGAGAUUUCACGUAAUGCAGUAACAGCAACUAAAGUAACUAAUGGAAAUAUAACUCUUACAUCAACUGCAAGUAUAUUGCCUUUAGUUCAGCAAAAACAAUCGCAAGGAGCAGGAGAUUCUACUUUAAAUUGUAAUUCUGAUUUAACCAUUGAUACUUAUUCAACUGGAAAUAUUAUAAUGUCGCAGUCUGUUCAAAAUACUUCUCCCAAUGGCGUUAUUAAUGAAAUAACAUCAGAAGAUCAUUUAAUACCUUUGACUGAAUUAGGAAACUUAAAAAAUAUUCAUCUUCCUGUAUCAUCUUCCACAUUAUCUUUAGUAUAUUCAAAAGCAAGCGUAAAACAAAAUAGCUCUAGUAAUAUUAAUAUUGUUGAAACUGAAUCACACAUACCACAUACUACUAAUGAUGGAUCAGUAGGUAAUAUUCAACCGACAGAAACUAAUUCGUCAUUGCCAUCUUAUUCUUCCCCAACAAUUCUAAAUCAACAACCAUUAAAUAUUUCAUCAAGCAGUAGUAGUAGUGACAGUGGUGAACUAAAUGAGCAUGAUAUAUACAUAGCUGAAUGUGAGAAUACUGAACGUACACUAACAUUAUUAGACGAUAAUUCCAAUGAUGAAAAUGAUGUAGAUGAUGAAACCAUGUCAGGUGAAAAUGAUGUAGAAGUAGUAGAAUCAUUAAUACCAUGGAUGCAAAAUAAACAAAGGAUAAGGGAACAAAGUAGUAGAGAUGCUAUUGCAGAAACAUACAGUGAAUUAAAGAGCAAUGAAGGAUUAGAAGAUGAAAUAAUGUUGCUUCAUCUGUUCGAUUUUCAAGAUCGAACCCCUCCCUGGACUUCUUUAUCCUUUAAUAAACGUGCAUCUGAUACGUCAGCCUCUAGAAGCUCUUUAAACAGUAUCAAAUUACAAACUUCAGGUCCUUUGUAUCGUAGUGCUGUAUUGCCCACACAUCCAUCAGGAUACUCACACAAACAUCACGAACUCGAAUCAUGUAGUGAGCAAACAUUCCCUGAUAAGCACUCGAACUAUGUAAUCCACCACUCACCUCAAAAAGUUUGUAAUAGUAAUAUUAAACUUGAUCAAGUUUCAAAUAGUUAUCAACAGAGAAUUUUUGGCAUGCCAGUUUGUGGAAAUUAUGUAACUCGAUCCGAACCUGCCACACGUUCAAACUCUUUAGAUUGUGAAAAGGAUCUUUCUAAAAUGUCUGUUUUUAAUAAAUUCAAUUAUGAAAUGGAAACAAUUAGACCAUCAGAUUUGAUAGCACCAAAUGUAAUCUUGGACAGUAACAAAGUUGUAUCAAAACAUUUACUCUCCCGUCGACAAUCUUCACCAGCUUCUCCUGCAAGUGUUAGUUCACUGAAUAGUGAAAGUAAUAAAACGUUCAAUUUUGAACGACUGAUUGAGUCUAUUCCAUUAUCUUCAAUAUCAAAUUCUUCUAAAUUAAGGAAAAACAUUUCACAAGAAGGAAAAGAUAACAAUUGUACAAGUAUGAAAAUUCCUGCACUUUCAUCAGUACAUGAAAAUCUCUUGUUAUCUGUUAAUAAUGCAGUAGGAACAGAUACGUCAAACCCCAAUAAUUAUAGUUGGGCUCCUGCAUUAUAUCCUCAUAAAUAUGUUCAAAAAAGUGUUACAGAAACAAUUGUACAAGGUACAUCAACUGAAAAAUUGGAGAAAAGUAAUCGCGAUAACGCCACUAUGCAGUAAUCUGGGAAAGAAAUUCUCUUAUCUUCAUAUCAAGCAUUUCUUAUUUUGCUGGUCAAAUUGUUAAAUAAAAUUGUGAUGUGAUUGUAAUGAAUCAGUAAUUAUUACAUUCUUUGUACACAUUUUACAUAUUGUUUAUAAUAUAAUCAUGACUGUCCAAAUAUAGUUCAUGACGAAUUUA